UCAAACGCGCAGUGCCGGGUUUAAUAUAUCAUCCGUCAAUCGCUGCAAAUAUCCCCUUCUCCUCAGCCACAUUUUCACAGAUGGUGACUCUUUCCGUGUGUUUACACUUUCUAUUUACAUUUUCUGACGAAACAAAGAGCUUGCCGGCGCAACGGCGAUUUGUAAGCAAUACGAAAGGAGCAGAAAACUGCAGCGCCAAACAAAUGUCGCUUUAAAUGAGCCUGGACGAGCUGAGAUGAGAUUCACGAAGGGAACCUAUUAAGUUUUGUACACUGACAUUAAACAGCAGAAUCGGCAAUAAGCUCCCUUAGCAACGCGAGUUAAAUCGUUAUUCCUGGAUGAACUGACGGUUCAACUUUGAGGAGGCUCUGCAGUGGGCAUCGCUCACGAGAAAUGAUGAAGGCGAGAGGAAGGAGUGCGCACUCAAGGAGGCUCUGAGGUGAUGCUGUAACACAUUCAACAGCGUUCGGCGGAGUCAGCACGUUGUGUUACAUCGAUGGACUGCGGUGGUGGAUGAGGGCAAGAUCUGAGGAGCAUUGGACCAGUACGCGUUGAAGAACUGCGGUGUGUGGCAGUGGUUUUAAAGGGCACUUCUCGAUCUAAGUGAAACCUACUAAGUUCUAACUCUACUGGAUUUUACCCAAAGGGAGGCUAUUCAAAACCCAUGUGGUUUAGACAUUUCCUUCCUGGAUGUGGAUACAAUGCUUAUUUUAUGUGUCCAGCAAAACGUCAACGGUGGUAGAUUUAUUCCCUAUUUCUUUACAGAUUUUUUUAGAAGGUUCGUUCUCUUCCAGCCCCCCUCCCCCUUUUUUUGCACCUGCUUUGCUUUGUCAAAGCUCACCGAGCGCUUUAGAGCGCGCUGCUCUUACUUGCAUCUCCGUACAUCGUGUAUGGAUUCUACAUGGGGGUUUGCGAGGGCUGCAGUGAUGCUCCCAUUUACUGAUAUCACCUCAAAGCUUGCAUUUCCUGACAGAAAUGGUGCUGGAGUGUUAAUGCAGUGAGGCCAAAUGAAUGACCGCACCAGUGGUGUACUGUUCUCAGGUCAGAGGAAGUGCUGUUAGACAAGAUAUAAUCCAGCCAGCGAUUGCCCAUAAAUGUUCGGAGAGAGAAACUCAGCGGGCAUUAAAUUAUGAAUGUUGAACAAGAUGACCUCUUACCAUCAGCGCCAGAUGUUGAGAGGUCCUAGAUGGAAAGGGGCUUGGUUUGACCCCUUGUUUCUUCUGCUUCUUGCCCUGCAGUUGCUUGUUGUCGCUGGACUGGUACGAGCCCAAACCUGUCCUUCUGUAUGUUCCUGCAGUAAUCAGUUUAGUAAGGUCAUCUGCACACGCAGAGGGCUAAAGGAUGUCCCUGAUGGCAUUUCCACCAAUACACGGUAUCUAAACCUUCAGGACAAUCAGAUCCAGGUCAUCAAAGUAGACAGUUUCAAGCAUCUGCGACACCUUGAAAUUCUUCAGCUCAGCAGAAACCACAUCCGCAACAUUGAGAUUGGCGCCUUCAAUGGGCUGACCAGCCUUAACACUCUGGAACUUUUUGACAAUCGCCUCACGACCAUCCCAAAUGGCGCCUUUGAGUAUCUAUCAAAACUGAAAGAGCUGUGGCUUAGGAAUAACCCUAUUGAGAGCAUACCGUCUGAUGCCUUCAGUCGCUUGCCCUCCCUGCGGCGGUUGGACUUGGGAGAGCUGAAGCGUCUCUCCUACAUUUCCAGUGGAGCAUUUCAGGGCUUGAGUAAUCUUCGAUACCUGAAUCUGGGCAUGUGUAACCUCAAAGAGGUCCCCAAUAUUCAGCCAUUGAUUCGUUUGGAUGAGCUGGAGAUGUCCGGGAACCAGCUCACUGUCAUUCAGCCCAGUUCUUUUAAGGGUCUCGUCCAUCUUCAGAAGCUGUGGAUGAUGCACGCCCAAGUCCAAACCAUAGAGCGGAACUCCUUCGACGACCUGCACUCUUUACGAGAGCUCAACCUGGCUCACAACAACCUUACCUUUUUGCCCCACGAUUUCUUCAUGCCUUUGCACCUCCUGCAGCGAGUACAUCUGCAUCACAAUCCAUGGAACUGCAACUGUGAUAUUCUUUGGCUGAGCUGGUGGCUGAAAGAGACCGUACCAACAAACACAAGCUGCUGCGCCCGCUGCAAUUCCCCUCCGAGCCUCAAGGGGCGGUACAUUGGCGAGCUGGACCAGAGCUACUUUCAGUGCAACGCACCCGUUAUCGUCGAGCCACCUGCCGACCUCAAUUUGACUGAAGGAAUGGCGGCAGAGCUCAAAUGUCGGACAAAUUCAGUGACCUCGGUCAGCUGGCUAACACCAAAUGGCUCCAUCAUAACACAUGGAGCGCUCAAGAUGCGCAUCUCCGUCCAAAACGACGGAACGUUAAGCUUUACCAACGUCACCAUCCAGGACACGGGAACCUACACUUGCAUUGUAAGCAACAUGCUAGGCAACAUUUCGGCCUCUGCUGUUCUCAAUGUGACAUCCGUUGACAACAGCGACGUUAGUUACUUUACUACAGUCACUGUAGAGACAGUUGAAACCAUUAUCGAUGGGGAGAGCAGGACACCAGUGCAGCCAUCUUUUGGCUGGGCGUCCUCUUCGACCACAAGGGGAACACCUAUUGCCACCGAGAGAGCGUACACCAUUCCCGUGACUGAUAUAGACAUUGAUGGCGCUCUCAAUGGUUUGGAGGAGGUGAUGAAAACCACCAAGAUCAUCAUUGGCUGCUUUGUGGCAAUCACACUCAUGGCGGCCGUCAUGCUAAUAAUAUUCUACAAGAUGCGCAAGCAGCAUCACCACCAGGACCAUGAUGGGCCGAUCCGCACCAUCGAGAACAUCAACGUACACGAGGAGCUGACGAGGGUUCCGGCCUUGGGGAGUCACCUGACUCUCUCACCCCUGGAGCAUGAGCAUUACAACCACUAUAACUCCUACAAAACUUCUUAUAACCAUGUGUCUGCUCUCAGCUCGCUGCAUAGUUCAGUUCAUGAACCUUUAAUAAUCCAAGCCAGCUCAAAGGAUAAUGUGCAGGAGACGCAAAUUUGACCAUGUCGGACGAACCGAACUCUACUAAUGCUGUUUAAAUUUUGGUUCGGACAUGCUGUCGUAAUGAAGAUGUGCAUUAAGACAUUCAGCAAUGUCAGUGAGAGCCAGGGUGUAUAAUUAUUUUAACAAGUGUCUUUACAGAUCUUAUUUAUUUAAAGAUAUGUGAAGUGACUGAAUCAUGAAAUCAUUUUCUUUUUUUUCUUUUUCAUUUUGAGAACUGGGGAAAUGAAUGGUUUACUUUUCAUUUGUUGGUAGAAUUAAGGUCAGCUGACAUGAUUAUUAGAGCAAUGAGAUAAGAGUUGUGUUUUUGUUUUUUAGUUGUGGCAUAUUACAUCCCUUUGCACCAAUGUGUUUUCGUUUUUUUGAGACACUGGAAACAAGAACUGGCCACUGAAAAAAGCAGACUUUAAAACGCAUGGAGCACUUAGAUAUGAAUGGUGGGGCUGAUGGAUGGGGUGACUCUAGAGAGGUGUAUAAAUGGUUACGUUUCCUCAUGAAAAAUCCUAUUACUGAACAAAAAAAGGGAACGCUUUCAUUGUCAGUGCCUGGAUUAUUCUGCAAAUGCAGCUUGUGAGAUAUUACAUAUUUCUAGUAUUUAUAGAAGCCAGUGUUUGGAGCACACAUCAAUUAACUUCAGUUCAGAAAACAGGUUUGCAUAAUUGCCUUGAAUUACAGCCCUUAAGUCAAGAUAGUGUCUAAAAGCUGGCACUGGAAAUUCAGCAUUUCAGGUUCAGCAUUUUUUUUUUCACAAAAUAUAUUUAUAACUGUAAAUGCCAACAACCUAUGAAUAUAAAAAUGAAUUCUAUAUACCAGUGAACAUCAGGCUAUUACAAUUACAGCCCCAAUGCCACAUGUGUGUGGGAUAUAAUAGUAUGUUAACCAAAUGCAAGAUAUGAACUAACUCUUGAGUGGCUGAGGACAAGGGAAUAUGAUUUCUAAGAUCGUUUGCUGUGCGAGUUUCAGACAAAAUUGGCUAUGAGGAACUAAAAAAUACCCUGCUAAUGUCACUAUGGAAAUCAAUGACCUACUGAAAAAAAAAACACUGGACACAAUCAGAGGGCAGCCCAGUGCUUAAAACAUUUUUUUUUUUUGAUAAUUGCAUUAUUUUCAAUAGAGCUGAUUUGUAAACCACUGGUUUUUACUGUGUAUGUGUUCUUUUAUAUGUUUGUGUUAAAUCUGCCAUAUACCAUAUAGUUAUUCUUUUACCAUUGUCUAUAGAAUUUUAUGUUCUGUUUUGUAUAUUUGAUAUCACUUUUCUCUGUAAUGGAAUGGUUUGAAUCACCUAACAUGAGUGUGUGAAUGUAUCGUGUGUCCAUAUGUGCAAAGUUGUAUGUUUGGACGCUCUGCCAUGAAACUCUGUUUUUCACCAGUUUGUGUAUUGCUUUCUCAAAAUGUUUCUCAGCAUAAAAGCUGAUGUGUGAUGUCUCUC